AGUAGGAGCGCCGUCUGGUGUCAGGCGGGUGCAUGAGUGGAUUUAUGGGCCGCAGCUGUUGAGCGGCUGUCAGACGUGUGCAAGCCAGGAUCUCCUCCGCUGCUUCUGCUGCUGCUGCUUUUGGUCCACACACUGUCGUGUAGAAAGGAGGGCGAUUGAACAAAGUCGCAGAUGGCGGGCGAGCAGUACAUCAGAACCACCACAGAGGGGAGCAGCGUGCUAAGGCCUAUGCCUGAGCACGUCUACAAGAUCGGCAUCUAUGGCUGGAGGAAGCGCUGCCUUUACCUCUUUGUGCUGCUGCUGCUCAUCAUCCUGGUCAUCAACCUGGCUCUCACCAUCUGGAUCUUCAGGGUCAUGUGGUUCAACUCGGAAGGGAUGGGCCUCUUGCAGGUCCACUCUGACGGCGUCAAGCUGGAGGACGGCGAAUCCGAGUUCCUGCUGCCACUCUACGCUCAGGAGAUCCACUCAAGAGAAGAAUUACCACUUCUUGUACACUCGGAAACGGAAAAUGUUUUCCUCAACGCCCGAGACGAAAACGGCAACGUGACAGGGAGGAUGUCUGUUGGUCCAAGACAGGUUGAGGGACACACUACCAACGUGGUCCUCAGUGCCCACAAUGACAACAUGCUGUUCAGUGCAGACGGCAAACAGACUGUGAUUGGACCUGACAAACUGCGCAUCACAGGCCCUGAAGGAGCUUUGUUCCAACAUUCAGUGGAAGUUCCUCUUCUCAAGUCUGAGUUAUUGAAAGACCUGAGGUUGGAGUCUCCCACUCGCACGCUCAGUAUGGACGCUCCAAAGGGAGUUCAUCUGAAAGCCUUGGCGGGAAACAUCGAAGCUGCAUCCAACAUGGACGUUGUCCUGCAGUCCAGUGUAGGACUGUUGGUGUUGGACGCGGAGACGGUGCGCAUGCCCAGCCUGCCCCAAAGCCAAGGAGGCGUUUCAGGCAACGCUCAGGGUCUUUAUGAAGUUUGCGUCUGUCCCAGCGGAAAACUCUUCCUGUCCAAGGCGGGCGUCACGUCCACUUGCAGUGACAACCAGGAUUGCUAGGAUUUGUUCAGUGGUCUUUUGUUUUGUUUUUGAACUUCGUAUGCGUGAUUGGACCUCCCACCAGCAGGGGGAGUGCUUGCUGGAGGACCUCCUUCCACACUGGUGAUGUCAUGGCUGGGCAAAGAGGAGCUGCUUUAACAGCUUACAUCCUAUGCAAUAUAGUCUUGUGGUGCAAUACAUGAAUAUAUACUGUAAGUAGUCGUGAUUUAUCAUGUGUAGCAUGUUUCACUUUGAAAUGAGAAUAAUUGUUUAUAUAAAUUGUGUAAAAGCUCACGAGGCACACCUGCAACAUACAAUUAGAUCAAAAAGCACAAUAAUAAAUGUAUUUACUGUAUUGACCCAAGUAUGUGAUGACCCUUCUUUUUUAGACUUUUUCUUUGGGGAAAUAACUUGCAUAUUUGUGUCAAUACAGUAAUAAGUAUUAAACAUUAUUCUUUUUUCACCGAGGCACAUUUUUACCAUGUAAUGGAUCAGUUAUGGUGCAGGUGUACCUCAUGUUGUGGCCAGUGGGAAGCACACUUGAAAUUUUUGGGCUCUCACUUUGUGUUAUUACGGUAUUUUAUUGAUCUACUUUUAGGCUGUUGUGCAUCAUACUGUAAUUAUUGAUUAUUUGCUGGUUCAAUAAAGUAUGUGCUAUUCUUCUACAGUGCA